CUUGUGUAACUCAUGUGAUAUACGCCAUAUUAGAUAUGCAGAUAGAAGACUCGGUAGGUUUAGUGGGAGGAGGGUCUUAGGUUGAAGUGGAUUAUAAGUUGUGUGCCUAGAAGAAAAAGUCGGAACAAGUGUCCGAGAAGUUUGCAAUAUCGUGUUCAAUUGAAGCAGAAAAAAUGAGCAACGGGUUGUCAUCUGAUACGCCGUAUCCACGACUGUGUCAUAUUAUUCAGUGGAAAGAUUUUGAUGGAUAUGGCUUUAAUUUACACGCAGAAAAAGGAAAACCAGGUCAAUUUAUUGGAAAAGUAGACGAAGGAUCACCUGCUGAAGCUGCUGGUUUGAAACAAGGCGAUAAAAUAAUAGAAGUAAACGGAAUUAAUAUUUCCAAUGAAAACCAUAAGCAGGUAGUGCAGAGGAUUAAGGCGGUACCCAAUGAAACGAAGUUACUUGUUGUGGAUGCCGAAGCAGAUAAGUAUUACAAAGCGAAUAACAUAACAAUAGAUGGCUCGCUUCCGGAAGUGAAAUAUCUUAAAACACCUGUUCCUGAAGAGGAUUUGAGUGCUGAUGGCAAGAAAUCGGAACACGAUGACAAUGGUGGACUGAAGACUCCCACUUUGGAAGUAAAUGCUGAUAAAAAUUCUCGAAGUAGCACAUCAACAACGCCUUCCAGCGAUAGAAAGAACAGUGAUGGUUACAGUCCAGAACCCCCAUUGGAAUCCGCUGAUGAGAAUUUUGAGAGUCCAUUGAAAUCAUCGGAUAACAACAAGGAAGAAGUUGAAAACAGGAAUGAUAAUGGUGUGAAUAGCAGCAUUAAUCUAAGUAUGACUGCAAAAGAGUUGCGAGCUAAAUUAGCAUCUCGUAAAAAGUAUGACCCUAAGAAAGACAGCAUGGAUUUUAAGAAAAAAUUUGAAAUUAUUCAAACUUUGUAAUUAUAUGAAGGUGUUAAAAUUACAAAUGAGAAAUUUAUUUUUAGAAGUCUUUUUCUUCUGACUAAAAUAUUUGAGUGCCAGUGUGAAGCCACUGGUUUCUUUUUUAUUUUAUUUUUUGUUUUAUACAUCAGUGCAGUACAGGUUUUCUGUGAUUUGUUCAGGGUCCAAUUAUUAGCAUUUCUAGUAUUGACUGUAAUGCAUUUGCUAUAUAGUAUUGGAAGUUCUGUUGUGUAAGAAUGUACAUUUGUAGCUCUAGCUGAGGGUAAAGGUUUUAGAAUUAGUUACUAUCAUGAAUUUGAUUGUAAUAUAUCACUUUAAAAGAAUGUAAAGUUAAUUUAGGUAAUUUGUUUUACAUUCCAUGAAGGAUAGCGAUUUUAGUAUGUUAAAAGUAUUAGUGUAAUAUGGGUAACAUAUUUUCGCAUUCCUAGAAUAUAGACUGGUGGUGGUGCUAAUGUUAAUGAAACUAAUAUCACACGAGUAUAUAUUGUAUUUUAGUCAAGUUUUUAAGUGAAUACCUUGCGCACAAUAGGCGUGUCGCCUAUGGAACUGCUUACUGGCCAGUGCAAAUAUGCCAAUGCACAAAUGAAAGGAAUGAAUGUUGUGAAUGUUGUUGUAAAAUAUAUUUGUUUUUGAGUGUGUAAGAAGGAUAGAGAAUAUUUUCAUAAAUCUUUACACUUGAAUGGCCUUAGCCUUGAAAAGGCGUUUUAUUAUACAUAAACAUUGAAUGUGCGUAAUGUUCUGUCAAAUGAAUUAUGUUCAUUAAAACAAUGUAAUUUUUUUAAACUCAACA